AUGGAAGUCGACCUCAUCUCUCCGAUACAGAGUACCCUCAAACGUCGUCCACCGUUGGGCGAGCGGGAUUGGCUCUCGCGUGGUCGCAACGGUUGUGAUCUUGAGUGCCCUCUCAGUCCUCUCGCUCCAAAACCCAGCGCGCCUUACCGACGAUCCCUCGCGGCUUUGGCGACAAAACGAGUGUUGGAGGAUAUUUCCGAUGUGCGCGCGGAUGAUGGACAUGGGAAUCUGAGCACGCCCUCCGCAGAAUCCGGACCAGUCGUAUAG